AUGUCCGCGACGCCGCCUCGUGCGUCGGAGCGCCGAGCCCUUCACGAGCGGACGCCUUCGGAGCAAAACAGGCUCCAAGUUCGGCUAGUGCCAUACACUCCUCCUCGCCUCAGCUUCGAUGGCUCGCUCCCAACCCUGUCCCGAUCAGCCUCCGGCGUCCACCGCCCAACUUCUCCCUCUGACCCGGCUUCCCCAGACUCGCCGUCGGGGGUCAAAUCCAUCGACAAGGGCAAAGACAAGGCUCGCCCCAGCCAUCACAGAGGCCAGACGCGCGAGCCAUCUCACUUGGGCAUUUCUCGCCCGUCCACAUUCUCGGACUGCAACGUCAAUCUGCAGCCCCAGCAGCAGUCGCCGGAGCCCACUUCUUUCCGGCGUCGGUCCAAGUUUAUCAGCCUCUACUCGGACAAGAAGUUCUCCCCUCUUCCUCAUUCCUGCUCAACCUCCUCUGCCACCUACUCGUCAAAGUCCGCGCGAAGGUCCUCGACAGUUCCGAGCAGCUCCCGGGACCCCUCCGCCUCCAUCGUUCUCGUCGAUGACCGCUGCAGCUCUCCCCUUUCGCCUCUUCACGAAGAAUUCUCGCCAACGCCCGCCUCUGGUCGCUCAACUUGUGCCUCGCCCUCGUCCUGGAACUAUCGCUUCGUGGGUGGCUUGCGCAAAGGGCACCGUCGCGCUCCAGGCGCCAGCCAGACAGCUUCUGCCAGUGUCGCGUCUCCAACCUCUCGGCCAAAUGUCAGUCCCCUUUGCGCCAGAGACUCUUUCCAGUCCGCUCGAUCAGGAUCCACCCAAUCCGAGAGGUCCAACUAUAAGAUUUAUGCCAAUAGUUCUCCGGCCCCUGGCGCCGCCGCCUCGGGUACUCUAGAGGAGUCAUUCUGCACUGAUCCCGAAGGUGUAUAUACACCCAACUCUAGCCAUGCAAACGUGGUGGUUCUGGGCGACACCUCCUCCAGCCAGUCUGUCGACGACCAAGCCGGCGAAAGCGAAGCAAACUACCAUGUCGCCAGUGGCGACUUGGCACCCCGUCUCAAGCUGAGGUCGGGAUUCUCGAGGGAAAGCUUGCUCGUGUCGCCGCUGCAACCUUCUCAAAGAAACUCGGCGGAGCAGCCCGGCGUGCUGAAGUCAUGUUCUCGCGGCUCGAGUCAUGCCAGUUCCUUGAGCUCAGUGUCCAGCAUCGUCAUCGAGGAGACCUUUACUUCUUUACUCGCCGGAGCUGCUCCCACAUGCAUGGCAGGCGAGUCUUCGGGGGACGACUCUUCACAUCGGCCUGCCAACAGUGGUUCGAGCAACGCCCGCUGGGCCUUGUUUCGGCGGCCUCAGUGGGACCCUGCGCUGUCGACAGUCACCUCAGACAGUGCAGGGGUCAGCAAAGGCCGAUCACAUACCCUUUCAUCGGUGCCUGGCUCCAACGGCCGCGGCGGUCAAGGCCAGGUGGUGGCAGCUAAUGCGGUGGGCGACUACCCAGCAUGCCCGUCGCCCGUGCACAGGAGGCUCUCCAAUCGGGAGCAGCAUCGCAACACCAUACGGUUGAUUCGGAAUCAAGACGAACACGGUGAUGGUCUCACAGACCUCGAGGCACCCCAUCACCACCCGUCCCGCUCUCGAAUGCACAGCCUUUUAUCCAGCUAUUCAUCCGAUAGGAACCUGCGAUCUUCCAGCAGCUCGCGCAGCAGCAGCCUCAGUCGUUCCUCGGUUCCAGCAUGGGCCAGGCUUUACUAUGGCAGCGGCGAGCGCCGAUGGUUGGCUGCCAAGUUGUCGACUGAAUCAAUGUUCUCGGAGUUCACCGGCGAUUCGCGCGGCAGCACUUUUCCCAGUCGGUCCCCGAGCGCUGAUCUGUUCCCCGCUGUCAUUCAAAGUCCCCGGCGACGUCCACGCGAGCCAGCUUCCCCUGCAAGACGUAGCGGCACGACCUCGGACGGUGACAACACCGACACGGCACCAUACACAACCACUCCCUUAGCUAGCAGGUUGAGGACGCAGACGUCAAGUAUCUGGUCGCCGCAUCUCCGCAGGGACCGUCGCGCAAUUGGAUACGGAAUCUGGGAACCUCCAUCUGCUGUGUGGUCGACCAACAGAGUCUGGCUCAGCCGCCAGAAUCUCCAGCCCAUCUUAUUCGUGGUAGGCUUUGUCUUUCCCUUGGCAUGGGCGAUUGCCUCCUUCCUUCCACUCCCGCCCAUAUCGGGUCCUGAAAUGGCGCAAAUGAAUCCCAGCAUGAGUCAUCUCGAUCUCCGGCUCGAGGCCAAUUCCCCGAUGGACAUGUUGGAUAUGCGGCUUUACAACCAUGCUCGCUGGUGGAGGACGCUCAACAGAGCCAUGGGUAUCGUCGGCAUUUUCGUCAUCGGUGCCAUUAUCGCUCUCAUCGUCUUUGGCGUACGCCAGCAAUGGAGAUACUGA